GAGCAAAAAAGGCUGCUGGAGCUCGGGAUUACGGGGCCAGAAGGACACGUCCUCAGCCGCCCCGAGGAGGUGGAAGCGGAGGCGGUGUACCGUGCGAUUACCAUCGCGAAACAAGCCAACUGCCCCUUGUACGUCACCAAAAUAAUGAGCAAAGGUGCAGCAGAUGUGUUAGCCCAAGCAAAGAGAAAAGGCACGGUUGUGUACGGAGAGCCCAUAACCGCCAGCCUGGGCACCGACGGCUCGCACUACUGUAACGGGGCCAAAGCCGCAGCCUUCGUCACGUCUCCCCCCGUCAGCCCGGACCCCACCACGCCGGAUCAUCUCACCUCCCUCCUGUCCUG